ACAAGUCAAAAUUCAAAAAUUGUAAACAGAAGCGUAAAGCAUUGUCGUAUAAAAAACGACUCAGCAUAUAACUAUUUUGUACUAGCAAAAUUUUAAUGUUAAACUUACCCACUCCAUAGUUAAACCAUAAAAGCCCUAAUUUGUAUUAAAAUGAAAAUAUCUGAGCUUCCAGGUGAUGAAAACUCUGACUUAACCUGUCGGACGUACGUUAUACAGAAUGAAAGUCACACCCUAGGAAAUGCCUUAAAAUGUAUCAUAAAUAGAUAUGAAGAUGUUCAAUUCUGUGGGUACACAUUACCUCACCCGGCAGAAUCAAAAAUUCAUUUUAGGAUACAGGCACAUGAAACACCAGCUUUAGAAGUAUUAAAAAGAGGACUACAAGAUCUUCAGAAAGUUUGUGAUCAUACAUUAAAUGUAUUUGAAAAAGAAGUAAAGGAAUUUACAAAAGUUUAGCAA